GGGUUUUGGAGAAACGGUCCGAUUUAUAGCUCCGUGCCCAGAAGAGCGACAACGAGUUUCGAACCAAGGCGGGGGCGGUGGCGGUGGCCAUUAACGGAACACUGCUUCUCCAGUUUUUCAACACUCUCUCUCUCUCUCACAGUAGCUCUCCAAGAACACAUGGACGCCAUUACUUCUCCAUUCAAGAUGAUCUUGGGAUCAUCGUCACUUGCUCGUCGAAAAAUACUGGCUGAAAUGGGAUAUGACUUCACAAUAAUGUCUGCAGACAUUGAUGAGAAGGGUAUUCGAAAGGAAAAACCGGAAGAAUUGGUAAUGGCUCUUGCAGAGGCAAAGGCUGAUGCCAUCAUUUCAAAGCUUCAAAUGAUGGAAAACCAAGAGAAGGAUGUCAAACCAACCCUUUUGAUUGCAGCUGACACAGUGGUGGUCUAUGAAGGUAUGAUCAGGGAAAAACCAUCCAGCGAGGAAGAAGCACGUCAAUUUCUCAAAGGAUAUUCUGGAGGACAUGCGGCGACAGUUAGUUCUGUUUUUGUCACAAACCUAAUGACAGGUUUGAGGAUCGGAGAAUGGGACAAAGUUGAGAUUUAUUUCCACCAGAUACCAGAUCAAGUAAUCGACAAUCUGAUUGAGAAGGGUAUUGUGCUCAAUGUUGCUGGAGGGCUGAUAAUAGAACAUCCCUUGAUUUUACCUUGUGUCAAAAAAGUGGUAGGGACAACUGAUAGCGUGAUGGGACUCCCCAAAGCUCUCUGUGAAAGACUGAUAAAGGCAGCUCUCUAAUAUAAGCAUGAACUUAACUGAUCAACACUCAUUCCUGUAUGUGCACAUUUCUUUUCUGAAUGUAUGUAUCUGCACACUUUAUUAGCAACUAUUCCAUUUUGAUUAGCUUUGUCAUUUGGAGGUUGGCGAAGAUUAUAAUCUUCAGUGAAAAAAAUGCUGAUUAUAACUGUAAGUUUGCAGAUAUGGUGAUAGAUGGUUGUCAAGGCAACCCUUCAUUAGGAUCCUGUUUCUAGAAUGUGAUGUGGAUUCCAUUUGUAAGGUAGUUUAUUUGCGUCUUGGGCUCCUCCUAGCAAUCUGAGAGUCUUCUAUCGUACAAAUAAAAUUAGUCUUUUGUUUCUCUUGAAUCAAACCCUAUAUCCAUAAUUUAGGUUGGAGGAAUUGUAAUGCAGCUUAAUUUUGAUACAAUCCCACAGUGCACUUCUUGAUAUAUGUAGUUCA